GCGCUUUACAACCAUAGUGUAACGUCAAGUACGCAUAUAAUUAAUGUCAAUGUCAGUGAACUUCGCGUCAUCUGUCAAUGUAACUUGUCACACAAAAAUAUGCAAUAUCAUUCACUUCUUCAAAUACAACCUUCGCUGAGGUCACGUUUUUUAUUAACUCAAACCUGCAUCAAGAACUAGGGUCUGCCUAUCGGGCCCUAUGGUGUGUCCAAUCUAAGGAUUGAACAUAUUUUGGCGACCGUGACAGGACUCUUCAACAGAAGAGAGAGUGCCAUCAGCGAAGAAGAGACGCAGCGCUUAUCGUCGCCCGGCAAGACACAACAAGAUCGCGGCAGCCAUCCACGUGUCGGACGAUUCAAGAUAAGUGCCCGUACAUCACACCCAUACAAUCACUUUCACCUUCAUCCAAUCAUCCAUCCAUUUCAUUCAUCCAUCUAUAUCCAUAAUCAUCCAAGGAUCAUACACUAUUUUUAUAGUACUCCACUACGCAUGUUUCACAUCACUCACAAAAUUUGCAUAUCACUCAUUACAUUUAUAUAUUAAUCACACUCUUACGUUACCAUAAUUUUAUAGCUCAUACAACAUAAUUAGUACACGCGCGCAAUUUAGGACAGUAAAUUUGUGACUGGAGACCGAUUCGCCGAUGCAACGCGAGCGCAUCGUUGACUCAUUAGUUCGUUGCAUUGCACGGGCGUAAGCAAAAUUGUUAUCGCGAUUCUUUGUUUUAAAAUUACUCAACCACCGUCACAUUUUUAGUUUUUGGUAAUUCCUGCAACUUAAGAUGUCUAACCUUAAAGAAUUGAUUAUAAAACGUAAUAGCGUGAAGGGCCGCGUGACUAAGUUCAAAAACUACAUCUCAAAAUUCAGCAAAUCAUCCAGCUUAGACUCUUUACAGAUAGGUGAAUUAAAGAUAAAAAUAAACAAAUUCGAAUGUUUAUCUAGCGAAUUCAGUGAGUUGCAAGGUCAGAUCGAGACGUUAAACGCUGAUGAGCUAGAAGACGAACUCGAUAUUCGGGAAGAGCUCGAGAAUGAAAUAGAUUCUGCCAUGUCACUCGCACAAGACAUACUAACUCGGUUCUCGAAAAACUUUAAUUUUGAAUAUGCUCACAGCAGCUCCACGCAUCAAGGGUGCGGCGGAAAUUCUCAGGGGUUAGGUUUUAAACUCCCUUUAAUCCAGGUUCCUCGUUUUGAUGGUUCGGCAUCCCGUUGGACGCAAUUCAAAGAAAUGUUUUCCUCUCUUAUUAAUGAAAAUUCAAACAUAUUACCAAUAUACAAGUUUCAUUAUUUAGUUUCUUAUUUAGAGGGAGAUGCCGCGCGUGUCGUAAGCAACCUUGAAGUUUGCGCCUUAAAUUAUAACAAGGCCUGGAGUUUAUUAUGCGAGCGAUAUGACAACAAAAGGCAAUUAAUUAAUAGUCACCUCAACGCCUUAUUCAACAUCGAACCACUGACUCGCGAAUCAGAUCAAGCAUUGCGUUCUUUAAUUGAUGGUGUUAGCAAAAAUUUACGCGCAUUGUCCAGUUUAGGGCAACCCACCGAUCAGUGGGACACGUUAAUUAUUUACAUGGCUAGCUCAAAAUUAGAUAAUCAAACCAGUAUGAAAUGGGAGGAGCAUCGCAACACCUUAAGUGACAUACCUACCUUAGAACAAUUUCAUAAAUUUUUAAAGGAUCGCGCUGAUGUGUUGGAAUCAUUUAAUCAACAUAAAAUUCAAAACAAGCGUAUCACUUCAUCUCAUGGAGCAUCUGGCCCCAGUAGCAAUAAUAAUUACACUAGGAAUUCUAAGCAAAACAAGGUGUUUUCCUAUGUUACGCAACCGAGCUCUAGUAACAACACUAAUAGGUAUCGCACUCGCUGUAUAGUUUGUAAGGGUAAUCAUUUUAUUUACACUUGCCCUUCCUUUUUGCCCAAAUCCCCUGAAUUUAGGAUAGCUGAAGCUCAAAGACUUCAACUUUGCAUGAACUGUCUCCGAUCAACCCAUAAAACCCGGGACUGCUUAGGUGGAACCUGCAGGGAGUGCGGGAAACUCCAUGCCACGAUUCUUCACAGGCCUACAAAUCAAGAACCUGCUACACCUGUACAGGGUUCGAGCGACACAGUCGCAGCUCAGACCGCCGUCGAGGAAAUAAGCGUGAAUAUUUCUAGACAGCCAAUUUCUCACGUUAUACUAUCCACAGUUAGCAUACGGGUUACGAAUCCUAAGAACUCAAAAUCUGAGAUUAUCCGAACACUUCUCGACAGCGGAAGCCAGUCCAGCUUCUUGACACAACGAGUUAAGGAGAGGUUAAAUUUAGAGGCGAUACCUACAGAUAUCAAUAUUAUAGGUAUAGGUAAUAACACAAAUAAUUACGUCACUGAAAGAUGUUUUGUUCAAGUCAGUUCAUUACACAGUGACUACAAUACAAAUUUAUCGUGUUUUAUUAUGCCCGAGUUGACCGGCAACAUACCAAAGGCUUACAUAGAUCGUAAACAAAUAGAUAUACCAAAUCAUAUCCAGCUAGCUGAUCCCAAUUUUUAUAUCUCUGGACCAGUCGAUGCUAUUAUCGGUGCUGACCUAUUUUGGGAGGUCAUAGGGAACAAUUUUCAAUCUUUAGGCAAAAAUAGCCCAUUCAUUUAUAAUUCAAAAUUCGGUUGGGUUAUUUCAGGUCCAAUUUCAUUAAAUAAUAAAAUCAAACAUACACAUUGCAAUUUCGUAUCAAGUAAUUCAUUAGAUGAUCGUUUAGAAAAACAAAUAUCAAAAUUUUGGGAAAUAGAAGAGAUGCCAAGGCGGUCUCUAUUGAGUGACAGCGAGAGGGCAUGUGAGCAGCAUUUUCAGACUCAUACCACUCGCCUCGAGUCAGGUAGAUUUUGUGUCAGGCUACCUCUGAAGGAUUCACCCUCAGUUUUAGGAGACUCAUUCAGUCAGGCAAAGAAAAGAUUCUUGAAUCUUGAAAGGCGAUUUCGCAAACAACCCCAUUUAAAACAGGCCUACGCUGCCUUUAUAAAUGAAUAUAUAGACCUAGGUCAUUGCUCAGAACUUUCUAGCUUCACACCACGAUCAGGCUACAGUGCCUGUGUCAUCACCCUAUUUUCAAAAUUAGUGAAUCUACCAGUUUGCGUGUAG